CCGCCAUGGCCGGCCGUGCCCGCGGGUCCAUGCGCGCCUUGCUGGCCGCGCUGCUGGCGCCGGCGCUCUUGUCGCUGCUCGCGUCGCCCGCGCGCGGCCGCGGCGGCCGGGGUCACGGCGACUGGGACCCGGUCAAGCUGCCUCCGCUGCCGCCCCGCGAGGACGCGGCGCGCGUGGCCCGCUUCGUGACGAACCUGUGCGACUGGGGCGCGCUGGCCACCGCCUCCUCGCUGGAGGAGGUGCGCGGCCGCCCCUUCGCCGACGUGCUGUCCCUCAGCGACGGGCCGCCGGGCGCGGGCCGCGGCCAGCCCUACCUCUACCUGAGCCCGCUGCAGCUCACCGCGCACAACCUGCAGGGGAAUCCGCACGCCACGCUGACCAUGUCUUUGGCGCAGACUGACUUCUGCAGGAAACAUGGAUUUGAUCCUCAGAGCCCCCUUUGUGUUCACAUAAUACUGUCAGGAACUGUGACCAAGGUGAAUGAAACAGAAAUGGACUUUGCAAAGCAUUCAUUAUUCACUCGACACCCUGACAUGGAAACCUGGCCUGCCAGCCAUAAUUGGUUCUUUGCCAAGUUGAAUAUAACCAAUAUCUGGGUCCUGGACUACUUUGGUGGACCAAAAAUAGUGACACCUGAAGAAUAUUAUAAUGUCACAUUUCAGUGAAGCAGAAUGUGGCGCAUUUAACUAACCACACGUGUGAAGUUCCUUAGGAGGCUCAUCACAGUUACAGGGCUUACUGUUUCUCUGGAAAGUUUCCAGAAUAUUAGUCAGUUUUCUGUCACAUGCUGGUUUCCUUGUUUGCCUGCUUAUUUACCAGAUAGAGUUGGACUGGAUUUCUUGAGAGAUGUGGUUGCUAAAUUUUUUUUUUCCGUAUUUUGAAGCCAUUUACAUGGAGAAAUGUCUUUCACUACAAUUAAAGAAGUUUUGUUCCAUCAAUUCCAAAGAUGCUUCCAACAGUGCUCCUUAAAGAGGGGCAAGCACCAGAUUUAGAUUGCCCCUCGGCGUUGGAAGGUGCUGGAGCCCCCGGUGCUGGGAGUGUGCCCACUCAGCACCGCUGCUCCGGAGCGCCUGAGCCUGGUUCCUGCGACGGCGUGCCCAGAGAAACCUUGCCAAAACAGCAAGCAAGACGUAACACCAGUGCAGCUUCCUACUCACGUCAGUUUACGUCUGACAGUCCUGAGUAGUACUGAUCCAGCACAGGACAAAACUAUUUCGUAUAAAGAACUUUUCAAAAACCUUUUUGCAUUCUAAAAUGAUACUCAUCUAGAACAAAAGAAGUUCGUAAGACUUUUCCUAAAUUUGAUUUCCCCACGUAAAUGGAGACUGUAUAAUCAAAACACACACAUUGUUUUUGGGGGGAUUGCAAAAGAAAGAAGGGAAUUUGGUGUGUCUCUGUUAUUCUUUUAUAAUCAGCUUUAACUCAGGCAUGGACCAGCUCUGGCUAGGGACAAAGUCUGUGUCCCAAACCACUCUGCAUAGCUUUUUAAGUACUGCUGCUCCCGGCAGCGACCUAAGGCUUCGGCAGCUGCUCUGAAUCUCUAAAUAGCUCCUACCGCUGCUGUGACCUAAACCAGGUCAUCAGACGGAAGAGAACAUGGCAUUUAAAAAAUCACAUUUCUGUGGAAGAGAAGACACUAUUUAAUUUUAUUACCCAAACACAUGAUUUUAGAAGAUGACAUCAAGUUCCUUUUAAAGAAGUAUGUCAGGAAUCAAGCCACUGAAUUCUUAAAAGGUAAAGAGAAAAGUUAAACAUGAGUCAUUAUGUUUGAAAAUACAAAAUGAACUGAAAUCAAGCAGACAGCUUCUGUUUAAGAAAAAUGAUUUAUACUAAACUUAGUCAAAUAGAUUUCUUAUUCAAAGCAUCAAUAAUUAAAAGCAUUAUUUUAAUGAAA